AUGGCCGCCCCCGAAGUGCACCACCUCUUCCACCACCCCAUCGCCGACCACUCCUUCUCGGCCGACCGCCAGACGCUCGCCGUGGCCCGCGACACCCACGUCGACUUGUACGCAAGGUCCGGCAGCACCUUCAAGCUGCAGGACGAGCUGACGGGCCACGACAAGACGGUCACGGGCGUCGACAUCGCCCCCAACAGCCGCAAGAUCGUCACGUGCUCCCAGGACCGCAACGCCUACGUCUGGGAGCCCUCGCCCCAGGGCUGGAAGCCCACCCUCGUCCUGCUGCGCAUCAACCGCGCCGCCACCUGCGUCCGCUGGGCCCCCUCGGAGACCAAGUUCGCCGUCGGCUCCGGCGCCCGCCUGAUCCCCGUCUGCUACUUCGAGCAGGAGGACAACUGGUGGGUCUCCAAGCACAUCAAGAAGCCCAUCCGCUCCACCGUCACCGCCGUCGCCUGGCACCCCAACUCGGUCCUGCUGGCUGCCGGCUCCACCGACGGCCACGCCCGCGUCCUGUCCUCGUUCGUCAAGGGCGUCGACCCCCGCCCGGAGCCCUCGGCCUGGGGCGAGCGCCUGCCCUUCAACACCGUCUGCGGCGAGUUCCUCAACAACACCGCCGGCUGGGUCCACAGCGUCGCCUUCUCGCCCUCGGGCAACGCCCUGGCCUUUGCCUCGCACGACAGCACCCUCACCGUCGUCUACCCCUCGGCCCCGGACCAGCCCCCGAGCGCCGUCGUCAGCAUCAGCACCCAGGUCCUGCCCUUCAUGUCGCUCGUCUGGAGCGCCGAGGACGAGAUCAUCGCCGCCGGCUACAACUGCGAGGCCUACCGUCUGCACGGCUCCGAGCAGGGCUGGCAGCUCGCCGGCUCGCUCGAGACCAAGGGCCGCCCUGGCCUGGCCGAGGCCCGCGACGAGAGCGCCUUCAACAUGUUCCGCCAGAUGGACCUCAAGGGCAAGAGCUCCGCCGACGACACCAAGCUCAACACCGUCCACCAGAACACCAUCAGCACCAUCCGCAGCUACCAGGAGACCGCCGGCAAAGUCACCCAGAUCAGCUCGAGCGGUGUGGAUGGAAGGGUAGUCAUUUGGAACCUCUAA